GCUAACGGCGGUUUCUGCGUCCUCAUUGGUCCGCAGGUUAUUAUCGGGAUUGGCUGUAAGCUACUUUUGCGGAAAGGUAAACGGAAACUUCCCCGGAGAGUCCACACUUCUGAGCGUUGUGUUCAAAACUCGGCAACAAAUAUGAGCUAAACGAAACUCUGAACAAAACUCAAAGCAGCCGGACUUCAGCAGACAUGGUGGAGGUAUUUUCCGGACGCACACUCCUGAACAAGGACGGAGAGUUUGUGGAUCCUGAAGAGGCUCUGCGGAACAAGGUGGUGGGGAUCUACUUCUCCGCGGGAUGGUGCCCGCCGUGUCGGGACUUUACCCCAAUCCUGUGUGACUUCUACACGGAGCUGGUGGAGGAGAGGGAUCCUCCGGCUCAGUUUGAAAUAGUUUUUGUGUCUUCUGACAAGUCAACCGAUGACAUGGUUGAAUAUUACCACGACAUGCACGGAGACUGGCUCGCUCUGCCUUGGACGGAUGAUUACAAAAAUGAGUUGAAGCAUCGCUACAAGAUCACAGCAGUGCCCAAACUGGUGAUCGUGAAGGAGAACGGCGACGUGAUCACGGACAAGGGCAGGAAACAGAUCCGAGACCGGGGCCUGGCCUGCUUCAGGUCCUGGUUGGACGCUGCUGAGAUCUUUCAGAACUUCAAGGGUUAGGAAAAUAGAGGGCCUAACGAAGCUAAUAAAAUCUUCCUGCUUUCCAUUUCAGUGUAGCCGUCUGACAGGUCGCCAGAUCACCGGACAGCUUAUGUUUCUGUUAGAUGAAGAUCUGCUUGUUUUUAAUUCAUCUUCUGCCCAUUUUCCCGUCAGAGGUCGAACACCAGUAGUUAAAAAUGCAAUUUCAAUGAAACAUGAGAAAGAAUAAUCGUAUUUAGAUUCCAGUAAUUCUUAAGAGCUGGUCUAAUGAUGGUUUUGCAGUUAUGACUUGGGCAUAAGGAGUCAGUCUUGUAGUGUAGUGGCCAUAUAGUUGGAAUAAUGACACCGUCAGUGAUUAGACUGGAUUCAUCUAGUUCUUUUUGCCACUGGAUGUGAAAUCUGCCUGUAAUGUAAAGGCUUGACUGCACAACCAAACCACGACGAGGGCAGCGCUCUUAUUUUUACUCCCAAUACCUGAAAUGGUAAGAAAUGGUAGCUGAUGAAACACCUCUUUAUCUAUGGUAAAGAACAAUUGUGAAGUAGUGGGAAAGAAACUUCUCAAAUCGCAGAUCUUCUGUCAUCCUAUGCAUUAACGAUAAACCCUCAGGCACGUCCGAUAGAGAAAUUGACCAUUUCAUGUGACUAAUUCAAGCCAGCUGCUGCCGUUAAAGUAAAUGUAUACAGUUAAUGCGCUCUUCAAACAUUUAGCCAGACUUUGCCUCUGUUAAAUAUGUAUUUUGUUUCUAUAUUACUCACCUUUGUACAUAAAUGUAGUUCUAUCUCAAGCUGCCUGUAUAUUUUUAUAUUCUGUUUUUAAUGAGUUGUUAAGAUGGGCUAUUAUUAAAAAUUUAAUAGAAGAAAACUA